AAGCAGCAGCAAAUGGCCUAUUCCUUUGCUGCCUUUGUCCAAGCAGAACGUGAGUGGCGUAGUGCUUCAUAUUCGGAAUGUUUAACCUGGACCGAACCGAUUGAUGUUAUCAUUCCACGAAUUUCACUGCAGCAUGGAUAUUGUUUACAUAUUGCCAACUUGCCAGUUGCCAUCCAGGUUGCUUUGCUUCUUUAAGUUCUUUUGAUAUUAUUAAUAUUUGUUUCCAACUGCGAAUGACUGCAUGAGGACUGAAAUUAUUGAUUCGUGGAAAUUAGCGCUUGCUACCUCAUUGCCGUAUUUACUCCAGUAUAGUAACGCUCUUCGAAAUGGACGCUAAUAAUUCGACGGACCUAGCCAGUGCGGGGCAACUGCACGAUAAUUCGCUGCCCUGCGAUGAAUCGCGAGCCUGGCCUUGGUUUAUCCUGGCAUCGGCGGCAUUUCCGCUGUGUCUUUUGUUUCUGCUGCUCUUAUGGCGGUUGCGGCAUGGACGCGAUUAUUUUCCUCGCCGUUGGCGAUACCACGCCGUCGCAGUCGACAGCAACAGCAGCAGUGCCGCCAGUGGAAUUGCUCCAAUGGAACCGGAAUGGGAUGAGGAAAUCUCCGUUCCGGGGAAGAUUAAACAUUUCUGCAGUGAACUGGUGUCCUCUCGGACACUGUCUGGCAAAUUGUUGCGUGUUAUGGAAUUCAUAGCCGGCAUGACGGUAUUGGUGAUCUAUUUCCAUUUCGUCUCAAGGAAAAUUGACGACACGGAAUUAUGGGCCUGGUGGAAAGACCGCAUUGACUGGCAGAUUGAGCUGGCGUGCAAUGUCUUUUUGCUGAUCCUCUUUCUUAUCAAGUUUGUAGGCGCAACCUACAAAGUUAUGUAUCUUACCCGGCUUUCUUCAUUCAUCAAUUACCUGACCAUUCCGCCGGCAUUUAUCGCCUUGGCAGCUCAUCGAUAUUGGAUAGGUCUGCGAUGUUUACGAGCGUGCCAUUUGUUGAUUGUACCGGAUAUUCUACACUCAUUCCGAAUUUUGAAUUCACGAUCCAGUGUCCGUUUGGCGCAUUUGUGUUGUGUUCUCUUAACGGUGCUCUUGGUUGGGAGUGGAAUUUUUCACCUGCUGGAGAAUUCCGGUGACAUGUGGAUGGGAUCGGAUACUGUUCAGAAACGGCCAUACUGGGAAUUCGUUUAUCUUUCGAUCAUUACUCUAUCAACAGUUGGAUUCGGCGACAUUUCACCGCAGACGUUUCUAGGCCGAUUAUUCUGCUGUUUAUUUAUCGUUGGUGCCCUUGCCUUUUUUGCCUCCACUAUACCGGAAGUGUACAAAAUCAUCAGCACUCGUCGCCGAUACGGUGGCAGUUAUAAACUAGAGCGUGGCACUGGGCAUGUGGUGGUUACCGGGCAUAUUACUGCCACAACUAUGCAAAAGAUUCUUCAUGACUUUAAUCAAAGGGACCGGCGAAGAAAAGACGUCAAACUUUGUUUUGUACAUCAUAGCGAGCCGGAUGCUGAAAUGGAAUGUAUCAUCCGGGCACACUCCAUCCAGAUUACGUAUCUACAAGGCAGUUUGCUGUGCGUGGAAGACCUGCGACGUGCUGGUGUCCACCACGCAUUUGCCUGUUUGUUUGUUACCAAUAUUGCCACGGCUAGCCCGGACAAGGAUGACGCCACUACGGUUAUGCUUGUGACGUCCGUAAAGAAUUAUAAUCCGCGUACGAGAUGCAUUGUACAAAUUUUACGAACCCAGGCAAAGAUUUUGUUACUCAGCAUUCCCAGUUUCCACAUAAAACGUGGAGAUGUGGUGCUAUGCUGUCAAGAGUUUGAAUUAUCCUUGAUCGCGCAAAAUUGUUUGGCACCGGGUGCAGCCACUCUUCUGUUGAAUAUGAUGCACUUAGUACCGGAUGACCAGAAAAUUGCUAACAAAGAUAAAAGUCCGUCCUUUACGGAGUACGUCCGCGGUUGUCAGUUCUCCAUUUACUGUGGAGCUUUCAGUCCGCACUUUUAUAACUUGACGUUUACGGAAGCAGCAUUGUUAUGCUUCAAUAAACUGGAUUUGUUGUUAAUUGGAUUGUUCAAACCGGAACGUAGUAAUACCCGCCCGGGACUGUUGGUGUUGCCGCCAGGGGACAUGGAGGUUGACAACGAACGUCUUGGAGUUUUCAUUGCCGCUUCGUCUUCCGAUGUUGCACGGGCGCAUUAUUACUGUGAUCAAUGUCACAAAGAUGCAAUGCUUGCUUCUUCAGUUAAUCUCUGCGGGUGCGAUCGAGAAAAGUCACCUUUGCGAUUGCAACUGAUGCGCAAUCCCUUCGAGCGAUUGCUGAGCUUGACCCAUGCGCGCGAUUUGCCGCGUAUACGGCAUUCGAUUUUGGUGCGGCCGCCACCGGGAUGGGAAGCCAAACUGCUCCAGCAUGCUAAAUCUAGGUUGAUAAUACAUAUGGACGAACAUAUCAAAACGUCAUUGAAAGGUGAUCUCCAAAGUCAACCGGAAGACGAAGGGUUAUUUCCACAGCCGGAAGUUAUUCUGCUGGACAUUACCGGGUCUUUUUACUGCUGUGCGCCACGCAGUUUCCGAUCAGCUUUCCUGGAUCGAGCUGCCCUUCUGGGUUCCGGACGGUCGUUCCGCAACCAUGUGGUGGUUCUCGUGAUGGCCCGGGCAACCGAUCCGCAAAUUGGCAUCGAGGACUUAAUUUUGCCGCUGCGUUCCAGUCGAAUUCCUUAUCAGGACCUGCAGGAAAUUGUUUUGUUGGGUGAUCCACAAGUUUUACGGGUGGAAUGGUCACGCAUUGCCAGUCUGCCGAAAAUAACCCUGGUACAGGGCGAUCCGCUGAACCGAUCGGAUUUGCGAGCGGUGUCGGUACGGGAUUGUGCUAUGUGCGUGGUAUUGUCGGCGUGGACAGGCACGGGAUUGGAUUUGUCCCUGGACGAUCAGGCCGCCGUGCUGGCCACGUUAAAUGUCAAAGCGAUACCAUUCGAUGAGAUUCCGAUACCGGCUGUAAAUGGGCACGGGCAGAAUGGGCAUGGGAAGGUGUUCAUGCAGCCCCAUGUGCCGACGACCACUGCAAUACAGCAUGAUAUUAAUGUGCGGCUGCUAAGUGAAUAUGAUCGGAAAAGUUCUGGACACGAAGUGGUCUACCUUACGGAACCGUUCAUGUGUGGCGAAACGGUUACAAUUAGUGCACUUGAUUCCAUGCUUGUCACUAGUUACAUGAGUCCGUUAGCGACACCUAUCCUUCAAGCGUUACUUUAUGGCUAUCAGAGUCCGUUGAUGGACAUGCUUGAUGCCGAAGGUGCGGGAUUGAUCCCCGGUGAAGUGUAUACUAGAGAAAAGAUAUCAGAAUUUACUACUCGUAUCCAGCUGAUCUCGCUUACAUCUGCAUCGUGGAAGGAACAUUUUUCAUCCAGUCAGGUUGUCUUGUAUCGAACGAUAUUCGAGAGCGCUCUACAGAAAGGAGUGAUUUGUUUGGGCAUUGCCCGCUAUUUACCGGUUCAUGCUGAGCAGGAAGAGUCGCUACAGCCUCGACGGUGUGUUAUUAGUAAUCCGCGGAAGGAUUUUCCGCUGCAGCAUGAUGAUGGGGUUUAUGUUCUGACUAGAUGAUUACACGUUUAUGCUCACUGCAUACUAUUGCACAAUUUUGCUCAGAUUUUUGCCGCUAGUUCUCUCCCCCCCCCCAAGUUUCCUAUUUUGUUAUUCUGGUUAUUGUUGCAGUGUUUCUUGAGAAGUUGAAUGUGUAUAUAGUUUUUAGAAAUUUAUUUGCAAUUUUGUUUUCAUGUAGAAUUCAGAAAAUAUGCUGUGUGUUUGAUUAAUAAAAAAUCAGUUGG